UAAUAAAUAAGAUAUAAUUAUAUAUCAGUAGACGUAUUGUCGUGGAUAGUUUUCUGAGUAGUAUAUAGUAUAUAGUAUUCUUGAAGAGCAUGCGUCGUCAAGAUCCGCAUGCGCUUUCAAAAGAUGAGAACCUUUCAGUUACUUUGAUGUCGUUGUCGCGUAAGCCUCAAGGGAUGUCGAUCGAGACUUUAUCUAAAAAGACAGGCGUGGAGUUUGCGUGCGGGUGGAAUCGUUAUACCAUGACGAUUCUGGGAAUUUGGCCAGCAAAAAGAAGUCUCAGUCAAGCAUCCAGUUACAUAGUAAUAGCCCCCGUAUCAAUGCUUUGCUUUGUCUGUGUAUCGCAAUCAGCAAAUCUGCCAUACGUCUGGAGCGACUUUGACUUGUUGGUAGACAAUUUGUCCCUAGGAAACGUAAUGGUUACCAUGAUGUAAGAAGAAAGGUGAAACAAGUAACCAGAUGCGCAGUAGACCAUACUCUAGACCAAUCAGAACUGGGUCCAAAUUUUGAGAUUCAAUAUGGC